AAUUACCAAGACGGAUAACGUCACAGGUCAUGUUAUGUACGUGUUUGGGUUUGUCUAACUGUUGAUUGGGACGUGAGAUUUGUGCGACAAACAUUUCCCAGAGCCUUACUUCCGAGCUGAGACUGGCUAAAUGAAACAGGAAGCCAUGACUCGAUGAUGUAAGCAACCUAUAACAAAAUAAGCUGGAAAAUUUUACAGCAGAUAAAGUUUAAAUAAGUUUUAGAAAACUUUAGCCUAUUUCUUAGAAAAUUAAAUACGCCUUUUUGCAGUAAAAUCCAACUGAGGUAUGAAGUCGUUGAACCCAUUUUGAUACUGGAAUGCUCAGGUGAGACCCUAGAGAAUAUAUCCGGUCAUAAUACGAUCCACUCAAGAGACCUAGGUGAUUAUUUUAAUUAAAGAUGGCUUAGAAAAAUGUGUGAUUAGUAUCGAAAACUUGCCAAGGUUAUUUGCUGCGUAGCCUUUUGCCUUGACCCACUUUAUUUAUGUUUUGAAAUGCCCCUAUCUAUAGAUCCAGUAUUCCAUUUACUUUAGUCCUGUUGAGUCGUCUUUUUUCUGCUGUGCUGUUUGCAUUCUCAAUUCCUGUGGUUCAUUAUUCGUUAGUCCUUAUGGCUGCUCCUAAUGCGUCCGAUCUCUUUUGCAAAGCUGUCAGCGAAGGUUCGGUACUUCAAUUAAAAAUCUUACGUCAGAUUCACGGACGGAAGGCAAUCAUGGCAAAUUUUAUGGACACUCCCUGCAACAAACAAGGUGAUACGUGUCUUAAAGUGGCUAUUGAAAGCGAAUUUUACGACGUGCUCGAGUUCUUAGUGCACCAAUUGAAAGGGCACAUAAUGUUUGGAUUGUACAAAACAUGGAAAGCCUCUAUCAAAAACGUUAGUCCGUUUUCAUGGGAAACGUAUACUUUUCAAGAAGUCACAGAGCCGUUUGUACUAUCACCUGAAAUUGCCAUCAUUCGCGAUAUUUGCCAUAAAGUGCCAAUUACCAGAUUGAUCGAAUAUCUUAUUGACGUUGGGUGUGACGAGCCUCUAUGGUUAGAGUUUGUCUUAAACUCAAUAAUGGCAAGUUCGAUCCCUCGGCCGGAUAAGAUUGUUGCGCUUGAAUGUAUAGGCACCGCCUUCAUCUUCAAACAAACACAUUACUUAUUUCAACGAAGAAACGUGCUCAAUGAAAUUCGAUUUUGGCGUGGACCACGUUGUUGGAAAGAAGCUUUGAUCCUGAGAAAUGCGACGGCAGAUGGUGACCCAGCUAUCCCCAAAGUUCCCUGCGAACAGUCUGAAGUGUUACGCAAUGCUUUUGGAAACAUAGCCGAAAUGACGACAGUAGAAGAACUGGAGCAAUUGGAACAACAGUGCUCUUUACCUAGAGGACUAGAAGAGUGGCAAAUGUUACGCCAGUCUCUCGAAGCUCAGGCCCUUCUCGUUGGCCAUCGCACCUUUACUCGACAAACCGACACUGGCCUGAAUUCUUUUCACCUGGAAAAUUUGGUGUUAUUUUCCAAUAACUUUAACAAGCAAAACAGCCGUGCAUUCAACAUUUAUCUAAUCAUCCUGGAUCAGUCUUACGGGUUCACUUCAACUUCUCCGCACAAAUGCGUUGGGCAUUUCGUUAGGACAAUUUAUGGAUUAUUAAUCUUGUUCGAUAAAUUGUGGACAGAUCAACAUGACCACCCGGAAACGCGAGAAAUAGCAUCGAAAAAUCUCGUUCUAACCGUAAAGUAUACGCUAGCAGCUUUAACUAACGUGUCGUCAGCAUCGCCACACUUCCGACUAAUUGACAGAACUUGGCAGCAAGAUAUUCAAAAGAAAAUUCACGUUCUCUUAUCAAAAUGGCUAUCCAGCUUAACCAAAGAGAAAAUUGAAAAUGUAAAGGAAUGCCUUGUCCCUUUUUUCCGCAUUUAUAACUCAAAUCACGGCUUUCUCAGCCUUCUUCACAUGGUGGUUAAUGGAUAUCUUGAUCGACCGUCGACUUACAUGACUACUUACUCAACCACAGUUCAACUCAUUCAACUACUGUUGGAUGCUGGAGCGGAUCCCCGAAUCACCGACAGAAAUGGCAAAACUCCGUUUCACUGUUUGUUUGAUGGUUCGGUUUGGACUUGUGCGCGAUCGAAUUUAAAAACGGUUUUCAAGGCGAUGCUGGAUGCUGGAGGCCAUCUUGAUCAAGCCACUUCAUCAGGACGUACGGUUAUCAGUUUAAUUAAAAGCUGGAGAACCUCGACAUUGCCUUUUGCCAAUCUCGUUCGUGAUCCUUAUUUUGACUCGUUUAUUUACUCUGUUCUUCCACUUUCGUGCGCUUGUGCGCAAGUCAUUAGACAAAAACGAAUUCCGUUUGAAAAUCAAUUGCCUCCAAGUUUGAAAUCUUUCGUCCUCCGCCACAGCGAUAUUAAAAUAACAUGAAUGAAAAGGAUUCUACGUGUAAAUCGGUCUUCUGACUACAAUACUAUCUGGAAAUGACAUACAUGGACCGGCGUUAACAGUACCAAGUGAAAGAAAUGUGCGACAUGCCCUGCUGUUGGGAGAUUUUCAAGAUACUCAAAGUUUUAAAUCGAUAUGCCAACUAAUGAAACUAUUAACUCCUUAGCAAUUAUUUUGUUUUUCGCCGUUUGUGCAUUGUUCAGAAACGUUGAGCUGUAUUCAGCAUUGCCUACAUUUUGAAUGUUGAUAAAAUUUGCAGUGUCUUGUGCUGUGCACAAGAUAAAGUAAGUACUCUCAAAAAAAUAACCGAAUAAAUACAAACAUGUGUUUAGUAAUGAUAACGUUUAACAAUUCAAUUGUAGUCUGUUUUUAAGAAUGUGUCAAUAUUUGACUCAUUGGUGAAUAGGAGGGGGCAUCCCUAUGGGCAUAUGCUAAACUUUACCUAAACUAAAUGGAUUUUGUACCCCAAAAAUAGGUCGUUCUUGAAACAAAGGACUCGUGGAAUGUGCUGCUUCGAUUUCAUUGUUGCGCAUAUGCGCAUUUGUAUCUUUCUUUUCGGACUUGUUCUAAAUGUGGCGGUAAGAAGUACUGUACAAAAACAAAUCCCAUCCAAAUGUUUUGUGAAAUGUCGAAUGUGAAUCGACACUAAAGGAUAUUACGCCGAUGAAGAGGUAGGGAGAGAAAAUCCAUGAUGGCCGAUCCUUCCAAAUUCCUUC